UCGUAAGAGAUCGAUCGCCCUGCCUGUGACGCGACGCGAGACGAAGGCAGCUUCUUCCAUCCUCGUGGAGGGGCGUCUCAUGCCGACCCCCUCACCCUCCUCCACGCCGCCGGCGGCAUCCUCCUCGUCGUCCUCCUCCUUCUCCUGCGAUGGCGUCGCCUCCCCGGACCGCAUGCUGCGGGGGGAUUGCGGCCGCCGCCACCACCCCCACCCGUUCGCGGUGGCGACCGGGGUGGGGGCGGGGGCUUCCCCUGUCUCCAUGGACACGGACUCCUCCUCCUCCUCCUCCUCCUCCUUCGCGUCCUCGGAGCCCUCCUCCGCCGCGUCCUCCGUAGCGGACUUCGGGGUGGGGCAGUCGCCCGCCGCCACGCCGGCCAACAUGGACGACGCGGGCGGCGCGUCCGCGGCGGGGCACGCCGCGCGGCCGCCGCUCGCGGGCCCGCGCAGCGGGUUCCGCCGCCUCGGGCUCCGCGGGAUGAAGCAGCGCCUGCUCGUCGUCGCCAACCGCCUCCCCGUCUCCGCCAAUCGCCGCGGCGAGGACCACUGGUCACUGGAGAUCAGCGCCGGUGGCCUUGUCAGCGCGCUCCUCGGCGUCAAGGACGUCGACGCCAAGUGGAUCGGCUGGGCGGGCGUCAACGUCCCCGACGAGGUCGGCCAGCGAGCUCUCACCAGAGCACUCGCCGAGAAGAGAUGUAUACCAGUGUUCCUGGAUGAGGAAAUCGUGCACCAGUACUACAACGGGUACUGCAACAACAUACUGUGGCCAUUGUUUCACUACCUGGGGCUGCCACAGGAGGACAGGUUGGCGACGACGAGGAAUUUCGAGUCACAGUUCAACGCGUACAAGCGAGCAAACCAGAUGUUUGCUGAUGUUGUGUAUCAGCACUACCAGGAAGGGGAUGUAAUAUGGUGCCAUGAUUACCACCUCAUGUUCCUGCCCAAGUGCCUCAAAGAUCAUGACAUCAACAUGAAGGUCGGCUGGUUCCUGCACACGCCAUUCCCUUCUUCAGAGAUUUACCGCACGCUGCCUUCUCGAUCGGAGUUGCUUCGCUCUGUGCUCUGUGCUGAUUUGGUCGGAUUUCAUACAUACGAUUAUGCAAGACAUUUUGUGAGCGCAUGUACAAGAAUACUUGGGCUGGAGGGCACUCCAGAGGGUGUUGAAGACCAAGGAAGGCUAACCAGAGUUGCUGCGUUUCCUAUUGGGAUAGACUCUGAACGUUUCAAGCGAGCAUUGGAGCUUCCAGCAGUUAAAAGACACAUCUCUGAAUUAACAGAACGCUUUGCUGGUCGAAAGGUAAUGCUUGGUGUUGACCGACUUGACAUGAUCAAAGGAAUUCCACAAAAGAUUUUGGCCUUUGAAAAGUUUCUUGAAGAAAACCAUGAAUGGAAUGAUAAAGUGGUUCUACUUCAAAUUGCUGUGCCAACAAGAACUGAUGUCCCUGAGUAUCAAAAGCUUACAAGUCAGGUGCAUGAAAUUGUUGGGCGCAUAAAUGGCCGAUUUGGAACAUUGACUGCUGUUCCUAUUCAUCAUCUGGACCGAUCUCUUGAUUUCCAUGCCUUGUGUGCCCUUUAUGCAGUCACUGAUGUGGCCCUUGUGACAUCGCUGAGAGAUGGAAUGAAUCUUGUAAGCUAUGAAUAUGUUGCAUGCCAAGGAUCAAAAAAAGGAGUUCUGAUAUUGAGUGAGUUUGCUGGGGCAGCACAGUCUCUUGGAGCUGGUGCUAUUUUAGUAAACCCCUGGAACAUUACAGAAGUCGCGGACUCAAUCAAGCAUGCUUUGACAAUGUCAUCUGAUGAGAGAGAGAAACGACAUAGGCAUAACUAUGCUCAUGUGACAACUCACACUGCACAAGAUUGGGCCGAAACUUUUGUUUGUGAGCUAAAUGAGACAGUUGCUGAAGCCCAGAUGAGAACAAGACAAGUUCCACCUGAUCUCCCUAAUCAACCAGCAAUUCAACAAUAUCUGCAUUCCAAAAAUCGGUUACUCAUAUUGGGGUUCAAUUCAACACUGACUGAGCCAGUUGAAUCCUCUGGGAGAAGGGGCGGUGACCAAAUCAAGGAAAUGGAACUCAAGUUGCAUCCUGAGUUGAAGGGCCCUUUGAGAGCCCUCUGCGAGGAUGAGCACACUACAGUUAUUGUUCUUAGUGGAAGUGACAGGAGCGUCCUUGAUGAAAACUUCGGAGAAUUUAAUAUGUGGUUGGCAGCAGAGCAUGGGAUGUUUUUACGUCCAACUAAUGGAGAGUGGAUGACAACAAUGCCUGAACAUCUGAACAUGGAUUGGGUAGACAGUGUAAAGCAUGUUUUUGAAUACUUUACAGAGAGAACCCCAAGGUCUCAUUUUGAACACCGCGAGACAUCAUUUGUAUGGAAUUAUAAGUACGCUGAUGUUGAGUUUGGACGGCUCCAAGCAAGAGAUAUGCUGCAGCACUUGUGGACAGGUCCAAUCUCAAACGCAGCAGUUGAUGUUGUUCAAGGGAGCCGAUCAGUUGAAGUUCGGUCUGUCGGAGUUACAAAGGGUGCUGCAAUUGAUCGGAUUCUAGGAGAGAUAGUUCAUAGCAAAAGCAUGGUUACUCCAAUUGAUUUUGUUCUAUGCAUAGGCCACUUCCUAGGAAAGGAUGAGGACAUCUAUGUCUUUUUCGAUCCUGACUACCCUACUGAAUCAAAAGCAAAACCAGAUAGCGGCUCGGUAUCUCUUGACAGGAGGCCAAAUGGGCGUCCAUCAAACGGCAGGAGCAAUUCCAGAAACUCACAGUCAAGGGUGCCUAAGGCACAGGUUGCUCCAGAGAGGUCACCGCCAUCUUCAUCAUCAGGUCAGGGCACCCCAAACAGCCACCAUGACUGGCGCGAAGGUUCUUCGGUCCUCGACCUGAAAGGCGAAAACUACUUCUCCUGCGCUGUUGGAAGGAAGCGGUCCAAUGCCCGCUACCUGCUAAACUCAUCAGAAGAGGUCGUCUCCUUCCUCAAGGAGAUGGCAGAAGCAACGGCAGCUCACAAUGGCUUCCAGUCCUCAACUGCUGAUUACAUGUUCUUGGAUAGGCAGUAGAUUAUGCUCUAGCUAAUCCCCCCCGUCUUCUUCUCCAGAGGAGAAGCUUAACCCUCCAAAGUGUAUUCAUUCCUUACCUGGCCAGCAUGAUGUACAAUUCUGUACAAAAUUUGAAGCUCGUGAUAUAACUGCGAGAUGGCAGCAAAUGAAAAAGGUUUAAAUGGUUUAGGGAAUUCGGUACAAAAU